UCAUCAUCGUCUCUUUUUCUCCUCCGUUUUGAAAUUCCUUCCACAGAUUGAAAAUUCAAAAAUUCAGAUCAGGAGGAAAAGGAAUGAAUUCUCAGCAGCUUCACGCAUCUCUAGGUCGACGAACGUUGGAGGAAAUUAGGCAAAAAAGAGCAGCUGAAAGAUUAAGCAAAACUCAAUCAGGACCAGAUCUUAGUAAACCUCUAUUUCCUACCAAUGAUAAUGCUGGAAUCAAAAAAUCAGAAAGCGCAAAUCGUCUCUCUGAGAUGGAUGUUAGUGGAUUGGUAUCUCAGCUAAAAGAUUUGCAGGAAAAAAAUGCAGAUUUGGAGGAAAGCAACCAGAUGCUCUCCUUGAAGCUCCAAACAAAGGAUGUUGAGAAUGAGUCACUUAUGCAGCGCUUAAAUAACCUGGAACAAAAUACAGUACCGUCUUUACGUAAAGCACUUAGGGAUGUAGCCAUGGAGAAAGAUGCAGCAGUUGUUGCACGGGAGGACCUUUCAGCUCAGCUUCGUACCCUUAAGAAACGUUUCAAGGAAGCAGAAGAAGAACAGUACAGAGCUGAAGAAGAUGCAGCAGCCUUGAGAGCUGAAUUGAACUCAAUACAGCAGCAAGCAAUGAACAAUCCACUUGGUGGAAAAAUCCCGAUUGGUAAUUCACCUGAUCAAGUGCAAAGUUUGGAGAGGGAAUUGGCUAGUUUAAAGUCCAGUUUGCAGCAAGAGUCAUUGUUGAGGCAACAAGACCUGCGACGAUUAGCAGAGGAGCAGGCUCGGGUUUCUACCCUUGUGUCUGAAAAGCAGGAAGUGGAAGAAAAACUUGCUGCUUUGUCCACAAGAGCCCCCGAUGAAGUAUCAGAAAAAGUAGCUCAUAAGGUUUUAUCAGAGGAAGACAAAGAGAUAUUUGAGAAGCAGCUGCAUGAUUUGGCUGUAGCAGUUGAGAGAUUAGAGAGUAGUAGACAAAAACUCUUAAAGGAGAUUGAUUCCCAAUCUUCAGAGAUAGAGAAGCUAUUCGAGGAAAAUUCUAAUCUUUCUUCUUCUUAUGAAGAGGCAAUCAACGUAGGAAAACAGUGGGAAAAUCAGUUGAAGGAAUGUCUUAAGCAAAAUGAAGAGCUUCGUGGAGUUCUUGCUAAGAUGAGAACGGAACAGGCUAAUUUGCUGUCAUCAGGUGGUAGGGAGUUCCUGAAAAAUGCACCAGAACGUUAUAGCAAUGGGGUAAAUGAGACUGAUUCACAGUCUUAUACGACCGAAGUUAUUUCCCUCAAGGGUGAACUUGCAAAUGAACAAAACAGAGCAGAAGCACUGUCAGCAGAGGUUCUGAAGUUAUCAUCUAAGCUCCAAGAAGCCACACAAGCAUAUAAUGGUCUUACACGCCUCUACAAACCAGUCCUGAGGAGCAUCGAGAAUAAUCUCAUAAAAAUGAAGCAAGAUGGCUCGGUGGCUGUAGUGUGAAACUUGCCGCCUUUACAGCGAUAUAACUCAUUUUCCAACGACCCUUUUGUAAUACAUACAUGUAUUUUUGAACGAGGCAUUGCUUGAUUAAAAGAAGUUUCAAACAUUAA